CUUGUCACGAGCAAAUAUAACCUCUCAAGAAUAGGUACUGAUGAAGUAAGCUAUGUGUAGAAGUUUUUGCACUGGCACCCCUAAUCUAAAUCUAUCCCGGCUUUGACUUUUUGAGAUACAUACUAGCUUCUAGAAGUUCUAGGCACCAGUACAAAAAAUGUCUUCCUCCGCCGAUCGAAAUUGGUGGUACGCAAUUAUCAUCUCCCUGUCCUCGGCCUUCCUGACCAACACGGGCUUGAUCAUUCAAAAAUGGUCCUUAUUGCAGAACCGGGGGCAGGAGUUCAAAAAGCAGCCAAUAUGGUUUCUCGGUCUUGCGAUGUUUCUUUUGGGUCAAAUAGGCCACUCCGUCGCGUUCGCGAUCGGUCCGCAGUCGAUUUUGGGGGCCCUGGCGCCGUUCUGCUUGGUUACAAAUUUUUUCGUGGCGCCGCCGCUGCUGGGCGAGAAGGUGACAAGGUAAGCAGAGAACUCGAUAUUAGUUGAUUGGCACCAGCACUUUUAGAUACUACUCCGCGUUUGCUUCGUUCGGUGCUUACGAACAGAUGCGAAAUAAUUUAAUACGCACGACAUGAGAAAAAUCAAGCCUUCUUUAUGUCGCCCACACGUCGUUUUUACAGGCUCCACUAUGUUUCUGCCUUCUUCAUCAUGUCGGCGGUGGUUAUCAUCUGCAGUUUCAGCAUCGAGCCCCGGAACAAAGACCAAAGAUUCAACAAUGCUCUGGUGAUGCACAACGUGUCGCAGAUCCCAUUUCUCAUCCUUUUUGCGUUCAGUAUCACCACGGUUGUGCUGAAGGGGUCCCAGAUCCGAAGGGUCCUGCAGGAAGACCAGAAAAGAAGAAAGGAAAUUUUGGACGCUGAAAAUAACGGGAAUGAAGACGCUGGUAGAGCUCCUGCAGGCAGUACAACUAGUGGAAGUGCGAUAGAAAUUCCAAGCAAAUCCUCGUCGUCCUGGGAGCUGCGCGCACCGGUCGAUGAUGACCAUUUCGUGAAAACAGGUGCAGCCGGCCGAGCAAGCGGGCGCGGGCUCUUGAGCGCCGGCCAAGAAAACGGCAUCAAAGGCGAUGGGCUUGUCGACUCUGUUGACCACAGUGCUGCGGCUGUACAACAGCCAGCAUCCUCUUCGGACAUGAGAAUGGACAGCCUGCAUCAUUCGCGAUCUACAUCGUCAAAUAAUAAAGCAUCCAACGCACGGUCUCCGUUUCGGAACAGUAUGACGAAUGCGGCGAAUCACGAGAACACUAGUGAAGAUAGAACACGAUUCUCGAAGAUAGAAAGCUUAGUCGGGAAACAGUUUCUCACGGAGUCCCCGCCGUCCACCCGAGCCUCGUCCACGACGAGUAUGAGCAGUGAGAGUUUCAUGGCGGAGAUCGAGCAUCAAGACCCGUCGGCUACAACUUCUGCUACGUGUUUUCAAGUGGAGGCGAAUAGAGGAAACGCGGUCAAAGAUCUAUCCGAUUAUAGCAGUACUACAACAGGCUCAGGCACAACUACAACCGGUACCGGAGGAUUUUCGCAGCACAGCACAUCAAGUAGUAUCGCGACAGGCACCAGCACAACAGCCGCCGGCAGUUCUUCCUCUGUUGUAGGACCGCCCGAUCCAGACCCGUCUGCUGCAAGAGCAGGCUCAACAACCACAUCCAACAACUGCCCUGGGCUUCCAGGAAUCAGCAACCUGCAAUUUUCCAUCGUGGCGGCACUUUUCAGCGGGAUGUCCGUGACUUCUGCGAAGUUGAUGUUUGGGCUUCUCGCAUACAUCAUCGAAGACUUCGCGGCCAGGAAUAGCAGAAGUCACGACCACGACCCAUCGGGUUCUUCACCUUCUCACGGUACUGGCACAGGAAAUGGAGAAAACACAAUACCAAUGUACCAGCAAGAGAACAACAACAGCAAAAAUAACUUCUUUGUUCUCAUCGGCACGGAUUUGAAAUUUCCCCCCGAGGUGUUCACGAUCAUGCCCGCCUUCGCGAUGUUCCUGUUCUGUGGCAUUGUGUGCACGGCGAUGCAAAAUCUGGGCGUUUUCUACUACGGCGCGUUGCAAUCCUGUCCGGCGUUCUACGGCUGCACGUUCGUUGCCGAGUGUACGUACGGUUUGGUCUUCUGGCAGGAGUACCGGUUCUAUGGGGCUCGAAACAUGUGCGGGGUUGGGCUGGGGUACUGUCUGAACGUGAUCGGGAUUUUGAUGUUGACGCAGAUCACCGCGGUGGGACGGGGAGAGGAAAAGGAUGAUGAUCCCGUGGUGGACGAGAGGAAACAGUCGAAAUUGGAAGUGCUGGUGGACAAGGUAAAAAUAUUUUUUCAUUUUGUGGAAGUCGCUCGCGCUUGUUGAUUGACGCGCAAUCGGAUUUGUUCUUCUGUAUCUAUCUGUCCAACCGGCUCAUUUUUGCAUGACGAAGUUGAGUCGUGCAGCAUACGCUUUGGCAUUGGCUUUGCAAACCGCUACGUUGCAAGAUGAACAUAUUUUUUAUUUUUUCACAACAUCAUCAACAUGAUCAGGCCGUCGACUGGCUCUGCUCUUCUAUGCGGCACCGGAGGUAUCUUGCAGCCCGGGAACGAGAGCUGUUGAUGAGUGGGGAGGGGAUCGACGAUCUACAUUUGUGCUCCUCACCGCCAGCCCCGGUACAUCGAUCGGCGACAGUGUGAUAAAGACGUUUAAAUGAAAGAGCAAAAACGAAUCGGUUGAGUGAGAGCAGUACUCGCUGUCUCACGACUUCUACAGCGGCUUUUACUUUGAAUAUAUGUGUCUGCGUCACUCAAUGUCAGUGGGUGCUUCUUGGAGGCGACUUUCAUUCUCUGCGUAUGCUGUUAUUCGUCUCACAGUAUAUUCCUGUAUAGUAUGCAGCUAAGUGUUGAUAUUCAUGCAAACCAGGAGACGGAGAAUGGUGUUGAUAUUCAUGCAAACCAGGCACAAUCAACAUGGUCAUGGACAGAAUAAUGAGCUGUCAACUUUUCCGGUCGAAAACGAAAUUAUGAUUUCAUCGUAAACAAACUUUUCUCAUGCGAAGCGCAAGCGCGUUCUUUUGAAAUCCCCUCUCCUCGCUUGUUGGUUUACCACCAACACCAUCAAGAGUGAUGCGCGUGCUGUUCGUAAUCUCGUUCUUCGACAAUAGAGAGAGAGAUGGAGUGGCA